CCAUGUCCAUCAAAAUCACAUAGCAAUGGCUCGACUUCACUUCAUCAUCUUAAUCUUUUCUUCUAUUUUCGCAAUCUCCUCCUCAAGUUUCAUCCGACCGCCUCACCCCUUUGAUCCCUUGACUAGGACUGAACUAAAACUCGUCCGUAACGUCAUCAAGAAAACGUACCCAGUCGGUCCGAAAUACAACUUCACUUUCCAAUACGUGGGUCUCAAUGAACCUGACAAGUCCCUAGUCCUAUCGUGGCAUUCAUCACCGGACCAAAACGUCAAACCACCGCCACGUCAGGCAUUCAUUAUCGCCCGAGAUAGCGGAAAGACCCGAGAAAUCGUUGUUGACUUUUCCUCUCGAGCCAUCAUCUCGGACAAAAUCCACGUAGGGAAGGGUAACCCUAUGCUCACUAUUGACGAGCAAGAAGCAGCAACCGAACUUGUUCACAAGUUCAAGCCGUUCCGUGACUCUAUCAGGAGACGUGGCUUGAAAUUGUCAGAGGUUGUGGUCACCUCCUCAACGAUGGGAUGGUUCGGAGAGACGAAGACGGAGAGGCUUAUAAAAACAAUACCUUUUUACCUUAAUGGGUCGGUGAAUACGUAUCUUAGACCUAUUGAAGGACUGACAAUAAUAGUAAACCUUGACAAAAUGAAGGUAACGAAAUUUAAGGACAGAUUCACGAGUCCUCUGCCGAAGGCUAACGGGACGGAGUUCCGUUUCUCAAAGCUCAACCCGCCGUUUGGCCCGGCGCUUCGAAACGCUGUCCUUUUUCAGCCCAACGGUCCAGGGUUCAAGAUUGAAGGUCACAUCGUGAGAUGGGCAAAUUGGGAGUUUCACAUGUCAUUCGACGUUCGAGCUGGCCUCGUCAUCUCACUCGCGUCCAUUUUCGACAUGGACAUGAACAAGUACCGGCAAGUCCUAUACAAAGGCCAUGUGUCGGAAAUUUUUGUACCUUACAUGGACCCAAGUGCUGAUUGGUACUUCAUCACGUACCUAGAUUGUGGUGAAUUCGGUUGCGGCCAGUCUGCUGUAUCCCUUGAGCCGUACAACGAUUGUCCCGCUGGUGCCGCUUUCAUGGAUGGUAUUUUUGCGGGCCAAUAUGGAACUCCUACAAAAAUAUCAAAUGUUAUGUGUAUUUUUGAAAAGCACGCUGGAGACAUCAUGUGGCGACAUACAGAAGUUGAGGUUCCCGGCUUAGAAAUCACAGAGGUUAGACCGGACGUGAGUCUUGUAGCCCGUAUGGUGACAACCGUGGGAAACUACGACUACAUUAUUGAUUACGAGUUCAAACCUAGUGGUUCCAUCAAAAUGGAGGUCGGUUUAACCGGUGUUUUAGAAGUUAAACCGGUGGAAUAUGUUCACACAUCAGAGAUUAAAGAAGACGAUAUCCAUGGGACACUUAUUGCUGACAACACUGUCGGAGUCAAUCACGACCAUUUUGUGACAUUCCGUCUUGAUCUUGACAUCGAUGGUACAAACAAUUCUUUUGUCCGUACGGAACUUGUGACCAAGGCUCCAAAAUCUGUUAACACACCAAGAAAAAGCUACUGGACUACGAAGCAAAAGACGGCGAAAACCGAGGCAGAGGCUCGGGUGAAACUAGGACUUAAUGUGGAAGAGUUUGUGGUGGUUAACGCUGAUCGGAGAACGAAGCAUGGCAAUGAGGUUGGAUACCGUUUAUUUCCGGGGCCGGUUUCAGGCACACUUCUAACUCAAGAUGAUUACCCACAGAUUAGAGCAGCAUUCACCAACUAUAACAUGUGGAUCACCCCUUAUAACAAAUCAGAGAUGUGGACUAGCGGUUUGUAUACAGAUCGGAGCCAAGGCGACGACACGUUAGCCGUAUGGUCCCAAAGGAAUAGGGAAAUAGAGAAGAAAGAUAUAGUGAUGUGGUAUACCGUCGGAUUCCACCACGUCCCAUGCCAAGAAGAUUUUCCGACUAUGCCUACUCUAUCCAGUGGCUUUGAACUUCGGCCGGCCAACUUUUUCGAGCAAAACCCUGUCCUCAAAGUCAAACCUAUCAAACUCACUACCACUCCAUGUUGCACUUGUACGAAUGGUUAAUGACUCGCUUAUCACUCAUGAUUUGAUUUGUUGGAAUAAGCUUGAAGUAGCUUAAAGCCCAAGCUAAGUAUAUUUGAGAGAUAUUAAAAUAUACAUAUUAGAUUUAUAGGAGUUAUCUAAAUAAGUCAUAUUUCCUAAUUGGUUUUGGAAAAGUGUAUUUGAGUUUUAUAUAUAAAGAGCUACCAAGGUAUGGUAAGCCUUAAGAGAUUUGAGAGAGAGAGCUUGAGUUUGAGUUAUUUUUCUUAAUCAAUAAAGAAGAGAGUUAUUCUU